CCUCUCUCCCCUUCUCUCUCUGCGCAAAACCCUCUCUGUGCUUUUCUUCUCUGUAAGUGAAAGUAUCUGUGGAGAAAUGGGGGCUGGGCGUGAGGUCCAAAGCUCACUGGACGGGCUGAGGGACAAGAACGUGAUGCAGCUGAAGAAGCUCAACACUGCUCUCUUCCCAGUUCGCUACAACGACAAGUACUACGCCGAUGCCCUCGCUUCUGGCGAUUUCACCAAACUAGCAUAUUUCAGUGAUAUAUGUGUUGGUGCAAUUGCAUGCCGGCUUGAGAAGAAGGAAGGUGGGGCUGUCCGUGUGUACAUCAUGACACUGGGAGUUUUAGCACCAUAUCGUGGGCUGGGCAUUGGUAAAAAGCUGUUGAACCAUUCUCUUGAUCUGAGCUCCAAGCAAAAUAUUUCUGAAAUUUACUUGCAUGUUCAGACAAACAAUGAGGACGCCAUAAACUUCUAUAAGAAAUUUGGGUUUGAAAUCACAGAAACCAUCCAGAAUUACUACACAAACAUCACCCCUCCAGACUGCUAUGUCCUUACCAAGUAUAUUACUCAGACAAAGAAAUAAUAUGUCAAAGCUAUCAAUGGGGAGUUGUUACAUUAAAUUUUGAUCUCUGUUAUUUCGCUGGAUUUUGUCUAGUUUUUAGAAUUAUAAACUUUGCUAACAUUUGUUGGAAGGCUGAAUCAUGUAACAGUUAAUCUGCUAUAUUUUUAGAGAAAUGAAUGUCUUUUAAUGAUUGGAUUAGCUUAUGAGCACUUGAAAGUUUUGUAAUUUAUUUGG